GUAGUAGUUAUUGCUUUUUUCUGGUGGAGCCUAUCUACUACUAUGUGCAUCCCAUCCGAUCUACUGUUCUAUAGCUUCAAGUACAGCUUCAUUAUAACAUCGAUGUCACGCUAUUCUUGUCCAAUGUCACCAUAAUCCUUCUAUCUCUCCCAAUAACAACCAUUCCUUUAUGCCCGUAUCUAUAUUAUUCUGCCUGUCGGAGAAAAGCUCGGGGUAUCGGUGUCGGUGAUAUGAUAGCGCAAUUCCCUGGCUUAUAUCAAGCGCUUCGACCUCUCAAACGUGUUCUUUUUCAAUCAAAGCACUGCUAAGGAGUACCUGUCACCAUGUUUCGUUCGCUGCUUUCGUUUGGUGGUGCCCCGUGCACGCCAGAGUACAUCUUUCCAACUGUUCAGCCGGGGGAGGAUGGGCCGGAUUGUCUUCAGGACUGUGCGGAUUGUACUGUCAAGUAUCCCAAGUUUAAGGUUGAUGUGGUGAAACCGUUGUAUGGGCAUAUCAAGGAAUACAGUACCCAUGUCCUGGUUGCCACGGGGCAGUCUGAUUGGAUUGAAAAGGUCAAGAGCGACAAAGGGAGUUUGAUGGAGGCAUUUGCGCAGAACUCUUCGAGGUCUAAACAUGGAAAACUCAUGGUCUCCGCAUCUAACCUGCAAAGCCCCGAGGACACCGUAGAAACAGACUCGGACUCGGACGCAGAGAAAAAGAGCACCGUCCUGCUCCUCCCCUCAUUCACAUUCAUCGAUUCCGUCCGCUACAACAACGUCCCGGAGCUAAUCGACCGCUUCAUCAACUCUCCAUCCCCUGACCCGCAAGCCAAUGGCCAUGAUACUCAAAUGACCCCCCGGGCCUGUCCCCACGACUAUGUCAUCCUCCUCUGCUCCCACCGACGUCGCGACGCCCGCUGCGGUAUCACCGCACCUUUGAUCAAAAAAGAGCUUGAGCGCCAUCUCCGGCCUCUGGGUUUAUACCGCGACGACAGCGAUGAGAGACCCGGUGGUGUCGGGAUCUAUUUCGUGUCGCAUGUUGGUGGGCACAAGUAUGCUGCGAACGUGCUAGUGUACCGGAAACAGGAGCAGCAGAUGAUUUGGCUUGCUAGAGUGAAGCCGGAGCAUUGCGAGGGAAUUGUUCGGUAUACCGUGAUGCAGGGCAAGGUGGUGCAUCCCGAGUCACAGUUAAGAGGAGGAUUCGAUCGGUUGCGUGGGGUGACUAGUUGGUGAUAUUCAUAUUCGGCAUAGCAUCCUGCAUAUAUAUAGUGUCUUCAUAGUU